GUCUCCAAACUUCCUUACCUUUAAAUCGAUAACGGUUCCGCUUGACGCAAACGAGGGAGAAAGCCACUUGGCAGCAGAUACACAAAGAGAGCGGAAGGACCUGCGGCAAUGGGGAUCAAACUGUACUACACCACCGUUACUGCCUCACGGACGGUGAAGUCCCAACAGGCAGAAAUGAUACGAAUCCUUGACAGUAAAAGCAUCCAGUAUGAGCUUGUGGACAUCUCUGUUGGCGGGGAGCUUCGGGAUGAGAUGAGAAGCAAAGCAGGUGACCCCACGGCAGUGCCUCCCCAGCUUUUCAAUGAAGACCAGUACUGUGGGAACUAUGAAAUGUUUUCGGAGGCAGUGGAAGCAGAUACAGUGGAACAAUUUCUGAAACUGGCGUGAGGAGGGCGGAGUGUUAUGCUCCAUCUUGACCCCAUUCCCCAAACAAACUACCACCAAUCCACCCACCCAUCCACCCUUUGCCCAAAUGGAGGCCCUUUAUUCAGUCUCUAUCUGCACCACUGGCAGUGUCCACUCACUUUCAAUGCCAUGAUGAAGGAUGCCAAAUAUCUUGUAUUCAACUAAUCCGAAGACACAUUUUCCCCCUACUGCACCAUUAGACUCUUAAAUUAGUCUUAAUCUAUUAUACUUUUAUGUGUUUGUUCUGUUCUUCCUUUGAUUUCUUUCAGACCUUUUUUUCCCCGUCUGACAGACUAGUGUUUCUAAGUGCUCCUAGUCUCGCUAGGAAUCAAUGAGGUGUCUAAAUGUGCUGUAAUUAGGUCGACUAAUCUUGGAUGUGGCCACAUGAUCGCUGGAGAUUAAACUAAUCCACUGGAUGACAGCAUUCAGCCCAGAAUCUUCCUGUUCCUCUGCAGACCAAACAGAUCAUCAUCACUCAGUCUUAACUACUGUGUCGUCUUUUUCUGUAGCCUUCAAGUUCCCAUGUCGCACAUGACUGCGCACUAUUUGUACUUCACAUGGAUGCAAAUGCACACGGAAGUAGCAAGGACUUCAGUGUCCUUAAACCCAAUUAAUGAAGAAUAUAGCAGUUUAAGGAUGUCUCUUUAGCAUGAGAAAACUUUUUGUGAUUUUGGUCCAUUGGUCACCUUAUAGGCACCCAGUGCUCAUCUGACCUACUUCGAUAAUGUACAAAUCACUUUGAUGAAACUAGAAACUAGUUCUCGUCUGCGACACAUUAGAGGCGUACCCUGUGGCAUUAUUUGUAAACAGACGUUUACAUUCUCAACAGAAAGACCUUGUCCUCAAGGCAUACCAAACCUGUUGAGUGCAUAUCAUUCGUUACAUUUGCAUAGGUGAUCUAACAAAUAUUCACGUUGCACAUUGUUUACAUCCGUGUUUUGCUAGCUUGCAGUCUUCUUCUUCUCUAUCUUUAUGAACACAUUGCUACACUUCGUUGAACAUUACUGCUGUCGGAUCUGAGUAAUGUGAAACUGGUGGCAGGAGUGUGUGUCGGCUGAUACCAACAAACGACAAAACAGCGACCCACCCGUAAAAACAUUGCUCUUCAGUGCUACUAGUGGUCAAUCACUCUGCAAGGUACCUUUAAGCUAAGUUGUGGAAAUGUCUAAGAAAUAUAAAGCAAGUGUAAGUUAGUCUUAGUUAAUGUAAUUUUAGAUAUGACCACUGAGGGACACCUAAUAAAUAUUUGUUUCCCCUCCCUUUGGGGAGUAUAAGGACCUGUAGAGGGUAAUCUUUAACAUGUUUACUAUUUUGUAGGCAGAUUCCAGUAAGCUAUGUAUUUAGAAUUUACUCCACAGACCAACACGAAAACCUUCAGUAUUUCCUCACCAGAAUAUUUCUGAGGACGUUAGGUCUUCAUGGGGAGGUAUUUGGGCUUCAGUAUUUCAGAAAAUCCUGGCUUUUACCACUAGUGUUUAACAUCAAAACACGUUUAAUUUGGGUAUUAAAGACUCUGAUUAGGUAUGAUAUGGUCACCAAUGGGCCAAACUUAGUAAAAAGGUUGGUAUAUUCCUUUAAAAAAAACUUCCAGUAGGUAGCUGCUUAAUUCUAGCAUCCAGUGGAGCAAGAUGAACACAUUUCUUAGUGUCACAUUUGGUGCCAAUAUAUAUCUGAAAUGCACAUUUGCAGGUGGAUAUUCAAUAUAGUAUUAGUACUUUCCUGCUAUCUUCUUUUUCUGCUGUUUUCCACAAUCCAUAUAACUUGAAAGCUUUGAUCCUGUAUUGUUGACUGACUGAACAAAAAGACACCAAACACCUAGAAGGAAGCUUUUCCUUAUUGAUUGUAAAUGAUGAGUCUGAAAUGAUGUGAAUCUAACAGCUUUCAGCCAUGUAGCUUUUCCUUCCUCUGUUUAUUUUGUGUUACAGUUUCACUGAUUGUCCUGGGCGUAAAGAUGCAUUAAUGUGACUAUGCACUGACACCCUGUCUCAUUCUGAACACAGACUUAAGGGUCAAAGCUGGUAUGUUUCAAUUGACCUGACUGAAGUCUUAAGGCUAGCUUUAGGGAACACUGACCACAUGGGAAAAAUGAAGGCAUCACUUACUUGUGCUUUUACGUAUGUGCAUUGAUUCUGUUAUGCGAUCUCAACUUACAAAUCAUGUAAUGGGUCGCAUGUCUUUUUUUUUUUUUUUUUUUAAAUAAAUUGAGAUCAACAUGGUUUCCCUCUCUUUCGUAACAUCUGUCAAACCCUCCCUGCUUUCACAACUGUGCUGUUAUGGUUUGGGAUCCCUAGUAAUGACAGCCUCCACACACAAUGUUUGUGCACUGUUUUGUAAGUUGAUGGUUGUAGUUGUUUGCCUGUUAUUGAUGUAUAUUCACUAUCAACCAUGAUUUAGACAUUCCAUGUCUCUCUCUGAGCUCCUGCUUUGCUUUUGGACCAAUUCCCCUUGGCCAAAAAAUGAAGAAAACAGGGAAUAAAAUGCAGUUGUCUUCCAAGAAGAUUGUGAAAAGCGAUUUAUGGGUGAAUAAAAUAAAAUGGAGUUGAAUCUA